CCCGCGUGUAGGUGUGUGGCACACACGCAGCGAGCAGAUCUCGCGUUGCGCUGCCCAGAGCCAGCCCCCCAGCCUCCGGCCCCCCGCCUGGAGCGGAGGUGUCACUCUCUGCCCGCGCUGCUGCUGCUGCUGCUUCUGCCGCCGCCGCCGCCGCUGCGGGGCUAAGUCGGAGACCGAGACCGAACCUGAGUCCGAGUCCGAGCUCGAGCCUGAACAGCUUGACGGCUACACCGCGCCUCCCCCAGAGCCCUGCGCCGCCACCGCCGCCGAGAGCCUGAGCCCAGAGCGCGCAGCACGGGAAGCGGCAGCUCUCAGAGCCUUCUCCGCGGCCGCAGCUAUGGCUACAACCGUGACCUGCACCCGCUUUACCGACGAGUACCAGCUCUAUGAAGAUAUUGGCAAGGGGGCUUUCUCAGUUGUACGACGCUGUGUCAAACUUUGCACUGGACAUGAAUAUGCAGCUAAGAUCAUCAAUACCAAGAAGCUCUCUGCAAGAGAUCACCAGAAGCUGGAGAGAGAAGCCCGGAUCUGCCGUCUCCUGAAGCAUUCCAACAUUGUUCGUCUCCAUGACAGCAUCUCGGAGGAAGGCUUCCACUACCUUGUGUUUGAUCUGGUCACUGGUGGAGAGCUUUUUGAAGACAUCGUGGCAAGAGAGUACUACAGUGAAGCCGACGCCAGUCAUUGCAUCCAGCAGAUCCUGGAGGCUGUUCUCCAUUGCCACCAAAUGGGGGUCGUCCACAGAGACCUCAAGCCAGAGAAUCUCCUCUUGGCCAGUAAGUGCAAAGGAGCCGCAGUGAAACUGGCAGAUUUUGGCCUGGCCAUCGAGGUGCAAGGGGACCAGCAGGCAUGGUUUGGUUUUGCAGGCACUCCUGGCUACCUGUCCCCAGAGGUUCUGCGUAAAGAAGCUUAUGGAAAGCCUGUGGAUAUCUGGGCUUGUGGUGUGAUCCUCUACAUUCUGCUUGUGGGUUAUCCUCCAUUCUGGGAUGAAGAUCAACACAAACUUUAUCAGCAGAUCAAGGCCGGAGCUUAUGAUUUCCCAUCCCCUGAGUGGGAUACUGUCACUCCUGAAGCCAAAAACCUUAUCAACCAGAUGUUAACCAUCAACCCUGCAAAAAGGAUCACAGCUCAUGAGGCCCUGAAACACCCAUGGGUCUGCCAACGCUCAACCGUGGCCUCAAUGAUGCACAGACAGGAGACUGUGGAGUGUCUCAAGAAAUUCAAUGCCAGGAGAAAGCUUAAGGGGGCGAUCCUUACCACCAUGCUGGCAACACGAAACUUCUCAGUGGGCAGACAGACCACCGCUCCGGCCACAAUGUCAGCUGCGGCCUCCGGUGCCACCAUGGGGUUGGUGGAACAAGCUAAGAGCUUACUGAAUAAGAAGGCGGAUGGAGUCAAGCCCCAGACGAACAGCACCAAAAACAGCGCGGGUGUCACCAGCCCCAAGGGGACGCUCCCUCCUGCUGCCCUGGAGCCUCAAACCACCGUUAUCCAUAACCCAGUGGACGGGAUUAAGGAAUCAUCAGACAGCACCAACACCACCAUAGAGGAUGAAGACACCAAAGUCCCCAGGAUCUCUGAUAUUCUAAGCUCGGUGAGGAGGGGUUCAGGGCCCCCGGAAGCUGAGGGGCCUCAGCCAGCCAUGCCCCAGCCAUGUCCGUCUCCAUCUCUCCUAAGCUCCCUGCCUGUCCUGUCCCCCAGGAUCUCUGACAUUCUAAGCCCAGUGAGGAGGGGUUCAGGGCCUCUGGAAGCCGAGGGGCCACAUCCAGCCGUCCCCCAGCCUUGUCCGUCUCCGACUUUCAUGAGCCCCCUGCCAUUCCCAUCCCCCAGGAUCUCUGACAUUCUAAGUCCAGUGAGGAGGGGUUCAGGGACACCGGACACUGAGGGGCCCCCGCCAGCUGUGCCCCAGUCCUGUCCAUCUCCAUCUCUCCUAAGCCCCCUGCCCACCUCAUCUCGCAAGCAAGAAAUCAUCAAGAUCACAGAGCAGCUGAUAGAAGCCGUCAAUAACGGGGACUUUGAGGCUUAUGCGAAAAUUUGUGACCCAGGCCUGACCUCAUUUGAACCUGAAGCUCUUGGCAAUCUUGUAGAAGGGAUGGACUUCCACAGAUUCUACUUUGAGAAUUUGCUAGCCAAGAACAGCAAACCCAUCCACACCACCAUACUGAACCCCCAUGUGCACGUUAUCGGUGAGGAUGCCGCAUGCAUCGCCUAUAUCCGUCUCACGCAGUACAUUGAUGGGCAGGGUCGACCCCGCACCAGCCAGUCAGAGGAGACCCGCGUCUGGCACCGCCGUGAUGGCAAGUGGCAGAAUGUCCACUUCCACUGUUCAGGUGCACCUGUGGCCCCGCUGCAGUGAAGAACCAGUACAUCCUUUUGUGGUUUCAUCCUGACGGAGACGGUGAUUGGAGCGGAGCCGCCACUCGCCAGGUGGCAGCGCCCACCGCGUCAGCAUGCUCGUGUCUGCCUCGUCCCUCCCUCCCCUGGUGCCUGUGUCUGCAGAAAACAAGACCAGAUGUGAUUUCUUUUUAAAAAACAAACAAACACACAAACAAACAACCGGCAACUACAACAACAACAACAACAACAACAACAAAAAGAGGAAAAAAAUAUACCACGAUACAAAAAACAAAACUAGGGAAAAAAAAAGCUGUAAAAAUCACUGGCGUUUGUGGGGCUUCAGAACCAACCAGCUGCUCCUCCCGUCCACAGCUCCAUGUGUGUGUCUGUCCGUCUGUUCCUCGGCUGUCUCGGGUGACCAGGUGUUGCAAUGAAAAUGUCCACAAGGCUCCACCCCCUCUGUUGACCCCCGUGUUGAACGGUGUUAGUUUGUUAGAUGAAAAAACAAAAAACAAAAAACAAAAAACCAAAAAAACAAAACCCACAAAAAAACAAGCACUAAGGUAUUUUGCAUUCUCUCUGCCAACGCAUGGGCCUUUGCCAGUGGUGUACUUGCACGUGGCCGUCGUGAGCUGUUACCGUUUGUCUUUUCAGGGACGUGGGGCUGCCGGCUCCGGGUUUUCCUUUGCCUUUUUCCUCUAGUUGGCCUGUGGGUUGCUAUCACUUCUUCCUUCCUUCCACCCAACGUUCUUUCUUUGGUUGAGGAGGGAAGAGGCGUCCCUGGGCUCUGUCCCUCCUGUGCCAGGCAGACUGCUGGUCAGCAGCAUGUCCAGGGUUGUCAGAAAGUGACUCUGGGCUCCCAGACUCUGGAUGGGCUGAGAUCCCGGCACUCACACUAGGGGACAUCCUCUAUGCUUGUCAUCCCCCUCAACUAAAGAGCCUGUUGUCAAGAACCUCCUUGUGCCAUAUUGGCCUCGUCUCUUACUCUGAAGCCUUGAAGGCUGGUGAUGGCAUGAAGGGCGAGCAGCUCUGGGUGAGGAUUGUGAAGAGUGCUGAGGGGCAUGGCUGGGAGAGGGGAAAGAGAUGGGGAACAGGGACAUGCUGGGUCCUUCUGGAUCCAGAUAUUAUAUGCGUCUGCAGGCUCAGGAGUGGGGGAAGCCUGGGCCAGCCAGCUCCCAAGUGCCCAAGAGAGUAUGCUAAGCCUCACAGAAAGGGGAACCCUAACUUCUGGAGACAAAGCAUUAUCUCCUACCGACUCUCAUUUCCUUUCCUCAGCCCUAACAGCUUCACAUAUGGGAAGCACAGUCAGAGUAAUUACUCUGUUUGACCAGGAUCUUGACCCCCCCCCCCAACUGACAGAGAUAACUCAGGAGCCGAGACUCCCAAACAACCAGCUAUAGAAAAUAAAGGCUUUGGGCCCUUAGGAAAUAAUCUUUCUUCUUGCCUGAAAGCAGCUUCUGCUUCUUCCCUCUGUCUGGUGGGUCUCUGCACAGUAGACAGUGAAUGUAUUGACAGCUCUGUGGCAGCUCCUCUGAAUUUGGACCCAGAGAAGUCUGUUUCCUAGGGCCUACUGUCUCCUUUGGUUCUCUCUGGCCCUCUAUCGGGGCAUUCCAAUCUCUUCUCUUAUCAGGAUAAGAAUUGACAGCUCACAAAGGUUACAUAUAGACUGAAGCCUUUCUUCCUGGUACUGCAGCCCCUGAAAUGGGGAUAGAGAGGUUGUUAUUCCCCUUUAUGUUAUGCCUUUCCCCCAACCUAGAUGAAUCAGCUAGGUCUUGUGGAGGACUACCCGGGGCUAUUGUGUGCUCUCCUAUGGAGAGGCCUCUGGUGUUGUGGGAUGGAGGAAAUCUGUGGGGAGGCAAGGACAGUCUCCACCACUCCCCCUUCAUUGAAGGUGAGAGAGAAGGAGGGAAUCCUGUAAAUGGGAAGUCGGGUUAGUCCCACUGGCGACCAGAGUGAGUCUAAGACCGAGCAAUCAUUUCCUCAAACUCUGUCCAGUAGAGCAGUAAGGAUUUGAACCUGGCUAGGUGGUUGGAAGUUCCCUAGAGAAAAAGGAUACAUUAGGAAAGAACAGUGGAUCCUCUUGUUUCCCGGGGCUGAAAAAACUGUAGACCAUAAGAGUCACAUUAAGCCCUGUCAUUGAGUUCCUUGGCCUGUGGUUGUGGUUUCGAGUGUCCAUAUUUGGAUGGAAAGACAGGGCUUGUAGACUGACUGGGUGCAACCCCAGGGAAUCCCGGGAAUAGGGUAAAUAGUGUCUGGUUGGGAUUUCUUGGGAGCUAGAGAUGAAGGAUGGUUGGGAGGAAAAUGCUUCCUCCAGAGACACGACCAUCUGCAUCCAAUCCCUGAGAGGGCCUUACUUGCCCAGUGGGGCUGGUAGGCUGCAGUGAGCCAUGAUUCUUAAGUUGGAAGAGGAGUCAUGCUGGUCACGUGGUGGGUGCUCAACAAAUGUUUAAGGAUGGCUGCUGCUGCCGCAUUAAUCAGUAUCAACAGCCAUCUGAUUCAUUUAUUGAUGACCUACUAUGUUCAAGGACCAUGUUGAUGGAUUGAUUGGGAAAGGACAAGGGCUAGAUGAAUAAUGUCAGAAAGCAGAAAAAAAACAAUGGGGAUGAAUGACUUUCUUCUGGGAACUUCAAGUGCCUAACUAGGAUUGGAAAAUUAAAGGAAAGAUGCUGUUCUGGGCUCUAUUUUCAUUUCCCCCCGGGAUUGAGAGAAUAUCCUACGGAAUUCCCACUGUGGAAAUCAGGGACUUGGGACAGGAAUCGCACUAGGGCUACUUGGCAAGGUCAGAGAAGAAAGAGGAAAGAAACAUACGUCAGUCUGUAAGGCCUGUGCCUGGUGGUGAAAACAUCUGGAUUUGAUGAGAGGCCAAGGGUCAGAAACUGACCCCCAGACAAAAUAAGGGAAAGAUGUGUUGAUGACUGGACCUAUGCUCCUAGUCUGAGAUUCAGAAGUGAGCAUUGUGAUUCUUAUGUUGGAGGUAAGCAGUGCUAGAGGUGGGGAUGGACUUCAUGGCAUUCUUUAGUCUACUUUGUACCCUAGCCUCAAAACCUUGGGGCCUAACCAUGUCAGCCUCCAGUGUAGAUCUCCCCAUCCCCUGGCUUCUAUGCUUUGAAAUAGCAUACCUUCAUUGGGCUUCAUUGAUGAUUAGAAGCAGAAUUAAGGUGAGAAGAAUUCAUGGGCUCCUGCCCCCACCUGGUGCAUUGUCCUGAGACUUGUCCCUUCAAUCCAAUCUAACAAGUAUUUAUGAGGUGCCCGAAUGUGCACGAGGCAUUGUGCUAGGCACCAAGGUUACAGAGACAAAACAAAAACACAUCCCUGCCCCUGAGGAGCAUGUGGAAAAAGGCAUUUCAGCCAAGCAUUGCAGGUUAUCUUAUCACUUUAGCCAGGCAGUCCCAAGAAGGAGAGAUAGGAGAGAAGAGAAAACGAAGCUGGAAGGAAGGGAGAGCAAAUGGCCACCAGGGAUGACCUGGACACAGGGUGCUGUUACAUGGUUCUUUGUUAUUUCAGGAUCAGCCGGACCUAGAGUACAGCUGAUGGCCUGAGGAAGGGGAGGCAGCUUAGAUCAGUCUGGGGACCCUGAGGAUGAGACUAUAGGCUGAGGUGGCUGCCCCCUCCCCCAUGGUCAGGGAAAAUUCAGCUGGGGCAAUGCUCUAAUGUCUCUCUUUGUCUUAGUUUUGCAAAUGUGGACGGUCCUUCCGCAAGGGUUAUGUGUUGAGGAUAUAUCCAGACCUCAGGAAGGGGAGGCAAAGACAGCAUGGUGGCAGACCAGGAUGCAGAAAUUCAAGGCCUCUGCUUAGCUUCAUUGACUCAUUCAUACCUUGAUUCAAGGUUUGGGGGGUGGGGGUGGGAAUGGGGGUGGGAUGGCAGACAAUAGAGAAAAUUGACUCUCUUUGGCUAAAAAUGUGUGAGUUGCUCAGGGAUGAGUGCCCUAGACUUGGGGUAGUUGACGGGCUGAUUGAUCUCUUGCUGAUGAAUUCUGGUCCCAUCCUUUCCCCAUCCCAUUUGGGUGUAGCAGUUACUUAAUUGAUCCAAUGAGAGCCAGUCUAUUUGAUGACUACUUUUGCCUAGGCCAGAGACUUUUGGGGGCAGUUGGGUUAGUUUUGCAGGAGAGUUUUCCUCCUUGCCAUGCAAAGUACCGUCCUUAACUCAGUGCAAGUAUUUUGCUGUGGCCAUCUGCACUGGGGAAGAAAAUAUAACCCAGAAAAUGCAUAGCUGUUUGAGGAAAGGUAUGUGGACAGUGAUGAAAUAUGGGCCAGGAGUUAGCGUGGAGGAACAUCUCAGGUGUGACAUGCUGAAAGUCAUCAGGUGGUAUAGUUUAUUUAACUACCGCAUUCCUUCCCUGGCUAUAGACCAGGAGUUAGGAGCACUAAGAGGUGAGAAACAUGGUGUAAGGAAGCAGCCAUUGAUCCCGUGUCAUCUGCCAUUCUCAGAGAAACCCUGGAGAAAUCCACCCUGGCCUGGCUCAUCUCUGAUUCCUACAACUAAAGUUCAGAGGUACUUUAUAAUGAACCUAAAGGCCUGGAAGGGUCUGGGAUUCUUAUGUUCACCCCAGAGUGCACCCUGACCCUCAAGGCUGGGCCAAGAUUAAAGUCCUUUGAACCAAGUUUACCAAGUGAUCCUGGGCUACUGGGAGUGACUGGAGUGACCACCUUCAGGUCCUGGAAGCCACGUGGCCUUUUAGAGUUUGAAAGGAGAGGGGGGGUGGAUUGUUUACUCCACCAAUUUUCCAUCAUCCUUUAAAGACCCAGAAGUUAGAACCAGCCUGACUUCCUUUGACCAAGAUGGUUCCCCAUGUCUUAGAACAAAUGACAGGUCUAAAGCAAUAGACUGGAAGCUUGACUGUUGGGGUGAAGGAACCAUCCCUAACACUCAUACCAGUCAUCUUCCUGCUGUAAACAUAACGAAACAAAAAUGUAUAGGAUACAUCUCCCAGGGUAUGGCAAGGUAAAGGCUCUGCUCCCAGGGACCAUAGACGCCUCUCAGGUAGAGCGCAAGGUGUUCACAGAAACUCAGCAAACCUUUGAGUCAGUUCCUGGCACAGAUAUUGAGCACCCUAAUAUCAACCCACGUGCAUAUAAACGUACAUACAUACACAUACACAAAAAUGCUUUUGUUCAUAAACAUGUCCGCACUCCUACAUGGACUUGAGCAGUGAUUUCAAAAUGCACUUUUCAGAUACCCCAAAAUGUUUCUAAUUAAAAACAUACAUCCUGGGGAGUUUUAAAUUGAAGAGUGAAGUACGGCCUGGUAAGGACAGAAUAGGUAUUAACUCCAAAAAGAAUAAGAAUGCGUCUGAGCAGAAGGUAGCACUGCUUGAACAAUGUAACAGUUUUGUUCACGGGGACUCUACGCAUAGGCAAGCGGUGGUGUGCACCCAGGCAGCCAGCAGGCAGGGCCAGGUGGAAAGUGUCUCCUUUCCACACAGCCAGAAUACUUCAUCCAUUAUAAUAGCACAGUCAUAAAGGCCCUUUGGAAUGGCUGUAAAUGUUACACAGACUUCCUUUCUAUGUCACAUCAGAGUGACUGCCAGAAGGUGAAUCUGGCACUGGGGAUCCCAGCAAUUCCUUUAUCCCUUAACUACAAUUCUAUCCCCUCUCCAGAUCUAUUAAACUCAUUUCUUUUCUCUGAAACCCCAGCAGAUCUCUGGGAUGAGGUAGGGGUUAAACUUCCUAACCCAUUUUACCCUUCCAAACCCUAAUGUCUUCCCAGUGUUGAGCAUACACUCGAGCAGGUUGAAGCACUGUUGUGAGUGGGUGAUGAUAGAAUUGGUGGGCACUGUCUAGAGGGUAAGGGUUAAGCCCUGACCACAUUACCUGGAUCAACAGGAAAGAGAUUUCCUGGAGGGAGGAAUGUUCUGGAACUUAGCUCAUAAGGGAGCUUGAGGUUUGAAGAUAGAUUGAAAGUGUAACCUAAAAGUAGAAAAAUGAAUAGGUGGGCCGAUGGAUGGAUGGAUGGAUGGAUGGAUGGAUGGAUGGAUGGAUGAAUGAACGGAUGGAUGGAUGGGUGGGUGGGUGGAUGGGGAACUUGAGAGAGGUGAGGGUGAUGCCUUAAUCCUCCAUGGUUAGGAAAGGGGAGCUGUGUGUAGCUCUCUUUAGAUGGGAUUUUCCCAUUUAGUUUGCAUGUGUUUGUCUUCUGGGAAAGAGUGAGUUGGCAGUGGGAGCCCAACAGAAGGAUGGAAAUUGUAUAAUGGAAUAAUUCUGUAUAAUGGAAUAAUCAGAUGAUCUUGAAGGCUGGGAGGGACCGGGCAGCUAAGACAAAGGCACUAGAGGGUGAGGACAGAGUAGGAGGUGAGAAGAUCUGGAAUCAACUCAGUGGAAAUACAAAUUGGAUUAAAUCAAUUGGAUUAAAUCAAUUGCAUUUAAUCCUGAGAUAAGGGGCAUCUCUCACUGGCCAUAUUUUUGCCCCAUUCCCUAGAAGCCACCCAGACAACCCCCUAACACAAUUCACUUUUAAUUUAAGUGGGGAUUUCUUUAUCUUUUCCUCCAAAUGAAGGAAAGUGAGGGGAAGGAAGGGGAAGAAGGAUGGGUAAUCAGGUGGUCCCUGGUUGAGAGUAAAACAGAACUCUGAGCCCACAGAGGAGAGAUCAGGAAUAGAAGCUCUUUCAGUGGCAAACCCACAAUGUACACCCAUUUCAGAAUCACCAACAAAAUGACUGGAAGGUACUGGGCUGCCCUCUUGUGACUGGCGGAGUUUUCCCUCAGUUUUCUUUUAAGUGAUUUUUGAAAGUUCCCUGAAUAAGAGGACACUAGGCAUUUCUGCCUGGGGCCAAGUCUGGGCAGGGAGCUUUUAGGGUAAGAGAAACAUCACUCCUGCUCUACCCCAACAAGGAGUGUGACCCAGUAUUUAGCAGCAAAGGGGACCACGGAAAGCCUGUCCCACCUCCUACCCUUUUGUGUCCUGGGGCCUCUUCACUCUCCUUUACCAGUCAUCUUGUUAUUACUAUGGAGCUGCGUGUCUGGGGUUAUUUGGGGAUUUUCGGGGGAGGGAGGAGGGGUAAUUUUUUUUUUUGCAUGACCUCUAAAGAGAAAAACCAUAUAAACCCAAUGAUAGCUAGGUAUACAUAACUUUUGGCAUGUGUAUAUCUAUCUAUCCUGAGGAAGAGAACUUGAUGAAAGAUGAGCACUCUGCUCUGUGAAUGCUGGGGGAUCUUUCCUCUUUUCUGACUUUCUCUUCUUUCUUUUUGCUGAAUUUCAUUGUCUUUUCUUUCUGAGCCUUGUAAGUGUAAAAACAAAAAUGAUUCUCAUUUUGUUCUGUCUCGGGAAACUGCAAAUAAAACAAACAAAAAAAUGGGACAAAC